AUGGCCUCUCGGUAUGACGUCGAAAACUCCGCUAUCUUCAAAGACCUACAAUCUAUCGACAUCGCUUCUUCUCGCAACGGGCAUCUGGGCUCAAACGUGUCUAAUUCCCCAGUUGUCGCCAAAUAUCCGCACGAAACGCUAACGUCGACACUCCAACGUCCAGAAUACUGUUCGCCUUUAGGUGCAGAGGAAACAAGCUUUGAAAGGAUGUUCGAACUUCGGCUGGGUCGAAUCAGCCUCGAAGUCGAAAAAUAUGGGUCACUUGGAUUUGGUAAAGAACACCUGGUCCUCAUCCUCAGCUGCGUUGACGCCAAACUUCUAUUAGGACUCUCACGACAAUCGGCCAAGGUCUCCUAA